CGAGUUAACAAACAAACAGUUUAAGAAAAGUGCUCGUGCGCAAAGCACGCAAAAGCGGUAAAAUAGAAAAAUUCAACAAAAAUUAAGAAAAAUUAAAUAAUUUGGUUUUGAAUAUAUAUAUAAACAAAUUAACAAGUAUAUUAUAAAAAAAAUUCAACAAAAAAAAUGUGGACUAGUAACGAAUAAUAUAAUAAACAUUUCUUUAAAAAAAAUAUUUUAACAAUAUUUAAGAAAUUUUAAAAAGAAAGUGUUUGUUAGUUAAAUGCUGCACUUAAAACUGUUUUUAAACAACUUUAUAUUUUAAACUAUUUUUUUUCGUUUCUUUUGGCAAAACAUUAAUUAUACGAAAAAAAAGUAAAACAGUUUCUUUGAAUAAAAUACGAAAUAAAAAAGAAACUGAAAAACUCGCGUGGAAAAUUUUCCCCUCUUUAUCAACAAUUUUCUUUUAAUGUUUAUUUUGUGUGUUUUUGUUUUAAAACUAAACAUUAGUUUUCCCUCUCCUCAACAAAUUUGGAAAAUCUAACGUGUUUUCUUCAACUAAACGAGUAGUGUUUGUUACACUUGCUACAAAAUCUAAAUCUUCAGACAUCAGCGUCAUUGAUUUUUCAUUUGUGCAACAAUAUUUUUUUGUUUUCUGUUACCAUUUCAUGUUGCAGUUUGGAGUGCGUUUUGAGUUUUAUAAAACUACAAACAACAUCAUUUUUCAUAGACUAUCAACAAAUUCACUUACUUGGAAACUUUAGCUGCAUAUGUGAAAAAUAAGAAAAUCUUGUUGUAAAUCGAUUGCUGCAACUUACUUCUACAACAACUCUACCAUAUAUACUCUAACAUCAAACAUAAAACUAAUAACAACAACUACAACGUCUUAUUACAACAUAACUACCACAUUUUGAAGCAAGAAAAGAAACAAAACAAAAAAAAAAAAGUAAAAUAAAGCAAAAAGAAAAUCAGUGCAACAACUAUAACGAAUAAAUAAUAAUAACAACGACGAAAAAAAAAAUAAAUAUAAUAUUGCAAUUUUUUAAUUCAACGUGUAAAUAAAAUCAUAAAGUGCAUUAUUGUGUUUUUUAAGAAAAAAGAAAUAUUGAAGAAGAAAAAAAAUCACAAAUAAUUUUUGUUUUCAAAACAUACAGCAAAAAAAAAUUGAAGAAGAAAUAAGAAAUAGUUGCAUUAAUUGUUGUUGCAUUUUGGAAAAUUUGUGGUGUGAAUAUUUUUUUGCCUUUUGUUUUCCAAUUCGCGUGAACUUUAUUUCAUAAAACUAUUUCGAACUUAUACAAUUUUUGUUUUGUUUUGAGAUUUCAACAUUACCAAACGUCUUCAAAUCAGCAUAAUAAAUACAUAAAUUAACAGACAUCAACAUGUGUUUACUACAAAAUCUUUACACCAUAUUAUGGUUAUUUGGAUUAUUCUGUGUGAUUAGCAAUACAGCUGCUCAAUCACAACAAAACAAAAGAUCCUCACGUAUUACCAGUUCACGCACUAGCUUUGGUACUAAUGUUAAACCCUCUUCUUCAGGAGGCUCUUCUGCCUCCUCAUCGAGUGGUGUCAAUUUCGAUUGUCCCGAAGAGUUUGGCUACUAUCCCCAUCCCACCGAUUGUACUCAGUAUUAUGUGUGCGUCUUCGGUGGAGCCUUAUUGGAAAGUUGUACUGGUGGUCUUAUGUACUCUCAUGAGUUACAGACAUGUGAUUGGCCCCGUAAUGUAGGCUGCGAAGUAGUCGAUACUCAUGAACGUCGUCCACAGCAACAACAGCACAGCCAGCAACAUCAACAGCAAACUAAUGCUAAUCAACAUGUUCCCAGUAGAGUACGUUUUGGUUCGGCCUUUACCAGUCCCCAAGAGGUGAGAACACAACAACCUCAACAGGUUUUGAAAGCUACUGUACCACCUCAAUAUCACCGACAACCACCACAAGUUAUUCAAGCUCAAGUGCAGACAAUAUCGCAACAGUCGGAAAAUUCGAAUCCCAUAAUUACAUCUAGAGGUCAACCUAAACAUUUGCUGGAUGCUCAAGAGGAAAUUGCUAAGCUCUAUGCUGAUGCCCAUGAAUCCUUGUUACCCGUCGAGGAAGAAGAAAGUGAUCGUCAGCAACGUGUUUAUCGUGGUCAACCCAGUACUGUGAGUCAAGUGCAAAAAGAUCGUGAUGGUAUCAUACAUCAAGCCAGUAUCAAUGCCAUACCCAAUAAUGACAAAUUCAGUUCAUACAAUUUCGGUACACAAUACCGAACUGACAUGUUACUAGACCUUGACUUGCACAACAAUGGACUAGAAAAUGUUUUUGUUAUAGACUCUAAAGAUCUUGACCUCAAUGUUCACAAACGUGUUAAACGUGAUUUAGGGUUGGCCGCUACAGACAAAAUUGAAACAUUAACUGCCACUGAGAACCAAAAUCUUGCAAUAGAAAAAGAACAAACAGAACAACAACAACAAGAAAAUAAACAAAUUAGUAGCACUCAGUCCAGUAAAGUGGAAGACACCAAAGUGGUUAAAUACUCUUCGAAAUUCUCUUCAAAUGCUGAUGAGACUAUGCAGGAAAUAGAAAGUUUGGUUAAGGAGUUAUAUGGUCCUAAUAUAAAAGCUACCACCACUGAUGAUUUAAUGGAUUUGAUGGAAACAAAGGUUACACAAGAAUUGAAACUUUCAAAAAUGGUAUUGCAACAACAAAAAAUGGAAACCACUGAGGCAAUUCAAAGUGAAGCAAAAAAUGUUAUUAAAUCGGAAGAUAAUAUCUCUAAUUUAGAAGCUUCUAAUGAGCUUUCCCAUUCCGAAACUUCUAACAAAAAUCUGGUUGAAACUCUAGAAUCUUUAGCUCAAACUAGUGAUGCACAAGAAACUUCUACAAAUUUAGAUUUAGAUAAGGAAAUGUCUCAGAAUUUUGUGACAAAAGACUCCACAAAAACCUCUAAUAAACAUGAAACUCAAACGGAAGUUUUAUCAUUCUCACGAGAACCCGAAGAUAUGGAAUAUUUGGAUACUGGGGAUAAUGUAGCAGCAGAAUCCGCUAGAAUUAUAAGACAAUUAAGACCCUAUAGUGGACGCUCUAGAUCUCAAUGGUUUGGAAAUGGGGCAGGAGCAGCAGCACCGGGUACAAACUAUCGUUCUAUAGAUGCUCAUCCAUAUCAACAGUCACAGCAACAACAACAACCUCAAACUUCGUAUUCCUUUGGGGCCUUUAAUCCCUAUCUCUCACCACCUGCCACGCCCACAUAUGCUGCUCUCAACUCACUUAAUGUCCAAUAUAAACCCAAUAGCUAUCAACAAGGUUUCUCACAAAAUGGCAACUACAAACAACAAAAACCCAAAGUGGUCUACACAGGCUAUAAUUUAUCAUUACCUCCACCAAAAGCCACUACUAGUGAGAAUGAUUUUCGACCGGUAGUGGGUAAAUAUUACAGCACUAGUACUACUACACGGCCUACUUACCUUAAGAACACCGAUUUAUUACCUUAUAUACUCAAAUCUCUGCAAGAACUUAAGGAACAACGUAAAAAACUGCAAGCUGAAAAUUUCAGUUAUUUCCACUUGGACAAUCAACCCACUACUCUCAGACCCUUUAAUGAAUACAAAUCAACUACUCCGAAAGUAACGCCUAAUUCUCAUUUUUCGCAAAUCUCAACAGUAGGAGGAUUUUACAAUAACAAAAACUUGCAACAGCAACCCAACAAACAUUAUCAAAAUAAUAAUCCUUAUAUUAGCAAUAUUAUACCCACUACCACGGAAAGUAAUUAUUUCAAAUACAACUUAAUAGCCAAUCAACAUAUGAAGAAUUUCUAUAGCACUUUAAAACCGCCGAGUAGCAAUUUUGAUUUUACUACACCCUCACCUUUUAAUACGAAUUUCAAUAUUAUCAAACCUCCUAAGUUAGUGUUGCAACAGGGCAACUAUGUGGACUUUGGUAAAUUUCCGAAUGGCAUUAGCUAUAGCAAUACUUCGUCGACUUUACCGGAAUCGUAUCAAACCUUUGGUACUACUCUAACCACCACCGCAGGCCUAAAACCUAGCCAAGAAACUUCCUCCUCAAAACCAUUGAAAUUGCAAUUUAAUCUGCCAGAUUUUCUCACAAAUCUACAAACUAAAGAUAUGGCUCAUCUUAAUCCCGCCGUAGUCGAUAUGUUGAAAUAUUUUAAGGCCGUUAAUAAACCGGAUUCAUCCAAAGGUAGUCAUCAAACUAACAAAGUUAAAACUUCUCAACCUGUUUAUGUGCGUAAUGAAUUACAAACGCAAUCGAUCAGCACUACCAAAAGACCCAUUAAAGGUUAUGAAAGUUUCUUAAAUAGUUUAAACAAACCCACUACUAUCAAACCAAGCUCCAACAAGCCUUUCCCCUCUACCUUACAACAACAAGAAGAAUACUAUGAUGAAUAUGAGGAAGAAGAAAAUGAAUCAGUGGGCAUUGAUGCCGAUGAAGAUGUACAACCACCCUCUGAAAUGCCACCUUAUAUGCCUAUGACCGAGACCAUGGCUCCACCAAGAUCACAAAUGAUGCCUGCUGCGAAACCCACAGAAAAUCCCAAUAAAAAUCAACAUGAUUACAGUACCAGCUAUAUCCAAGCUACCACAUCUAGACCUUUAUUUUCGCCCAAUUUUGAGCAGUUCUAUCAACCACAAACGAAUGCCCAAGCCAAUCCUAAUCAAAUACCUUCCUUCAUUAACUUCCCCACAGACUAUUUCCAGGAAAUCAAACAAAAACUGCCUAAUCGACCACAAAACGCACAAAUACCUCAACUUAGUGUUAAGCCCACGAUCUCAACGACAACACGACUGACCUCUAGCACCACCAAACAAACAACUACUGCAACUACUAGCUCUACGACAACUACCACCACAACUGCAAGACCCAUGACUACUACAGCUACAACGCCGCGAAUACGUUAUACCAUACGACCAAAUCGUUUUCGCGGACAAAAUAGAUGGCAAUCGUCGGCGAAUAAUAACAGCAACAACAACAACAAUAGUAAUAAUACGAACAGCAAUAAUAAUAACAACAAUAAUACAGCCAUGAAAACAUUGACUUUAGACUUAAAGGAAAGACCUUUAAGCAUAAGAAAACGUCCCACCUCAUUGGCUUCUAGUACUAGUAUGGGCUCCAAUAUGGGCACCGGCAGCAAUAUGAACUCUAACGGACAAAAUCAUAGCAACAGGGAUAUAGAAUAUCAACAACAACAGCAGCAACAACAACAGCGUCAGCAGCAACAACAUCGUCCACAAUCCCAACAACAACAAUAUCAACAACCCAUAAGAUCCCAACCUCCACAAUCGACUUAUCGACCAUUGGAAAUAUUUACUACACCAGCACCGCAACCACAGCUUCCUGCGCUACGAGAAACUUACAAACCCCAACAGCCUAAACCCCAGGAAAGACCUACCUAUCAAACAAAUCAACAAGCUUUGGUAUAUAAUGCAGAUUAUGAUGAUGAUUUGAUAGCACAAAUCGAACAAGAUAACGCCUACGAUCAACCCACUAGACCACCACCAUCAAGAUCCAAACAAACGCAUGCAAAUAAAAAAUUACAACAACCAGAACUACAACAACAACAACAACAAAAGUCACAAAAACAUUUAAGACCAGAACCCAACACACAAUUCCAGACAACAACAACAACUCCCUCCCCUAUCACCACCACAACAUCAUCAUAUCCCACUUCAGCCCAAUCUCCCACCUUAUAUAACCCGAUAACCACUAAACCCAAACUUCCUCAACAUAUCCCUCAAACGGUUGUUAACGAAUCGGAAAUUUCCACGGCAAGAGUAAUUGCACAAACACAUCCACACUCUAGACAGGUGCUAGCAUCCAAAAGUUCAAAAACUCACAAGGAUGCCAAUUUACAGAGUCUAGAAGAUGUUGAGACUGUGUUCGAUGAGAGUCAAAAUGUUCAAGUACAAAGUGCUGAGCCACCAAAAAGUCGCAAUUCCGGUACUCAUUUUAAAACAAACACACAACAUGAUCGAGGUGCUUACGCCUCCGAAAACUAUGCUACCAGUCCGCGCGGUAAUCUUGUGCGUUCCCAAACCGAUAAGUCUGCUAACGAGUUCAAAGCAAAAAGUUACGAUAUAUAUGGAGGACUUAAAAGCAAUGAAUUUACCGAAGAUAAAAAAUCUAAAACAAAUUUCAAAGAUGUUAAAACUCAAAUCAAAAAUUAUGUUAUAUCAGAUGUGGCACCGCAAAGUUUCAAACCGCCCUCGACGGAAAUAAGUGCCCGAGGUAAAUUGGAAUCAGAAGAAGAGGCGGAGGUAUUAAAUGGUGCCAGUUCCUCUACCACACUAAGAUAUCCGGGAACGUUUAAAACCUCAACGGAAGCCAAACCAUUUGAAUAUAGUUUACAAACGGGUAAAAAUGGUUUUACAUUAAGAGCCCAGCAGUUGCCACACAUAGAAGAAACCUCAAAGCCUUUAUAUGAAAGAAGACCAGCCAUACAAUACUUUAGUAUACCUUCAACAAGUUCAACCACUCUCAAGACCACAACUCCAACUACAACUACAAGUUCUACAACAACAACUACCACCACAACAGAAGCUACUACAACCAAACCCACCACCACUACAAGCACAACAACUACCACCACCACAGCAAAGCCAAUAUUUAAACCACAUACUGAAAUAGUUUAUGUAGAAACCUACUACGAUGAUGAUAUACAGCCCACUACAUAUGCACCUCCUUUAAGAACAUGGCGCAAUGGUAGACCAACCAUACAAACUAUACCACCAACUUCAACCAGCACUUUCAGUCCCAGAGCACAAACUUUCUAUGAUUACAGCUAUAGAAUACCAACGGAAUCUAGUAAAUUACAAUCGUUGGCUAAGGAAUAUUUGCCCAGAACAACAAGCACAACUACUACUACAACUACAACCACCACUCCCAAACCUACAACAACUACUACUACUACAACCACAACGCCGAAGCCUAUAACAACAACUUCUACCACAACGCCUAGAACUACAACUACUUCCACAACUACUACAACUACCACUACUGAAAGACCUAUACAAACAUUUACCGCUAGAUCGGCCAAUUUCAAAGAUAAUUUACAAAAAACCACCACAUUGGCCAGUCAACGCUUUGUAUCACCAUUUAAGAGUUUAGAAACUCUCUUACAAAAAGAUGAAAGAUCAUCAUUUUCGAAUGUGAGACCCACAAUUAAACCGAAAUAUUUCACACAACCCAGUACACAACAUCCAUUUUUGCAGACCACUAGUAAACCCUUAAGAAGCUAUUUCAUAAUAACUUCCCCACCGAAAAAUAUCAAUGAGACCUUAAUUGCCACAAUGGCCACAAAUACAAGGAAUAUCAGUAUAAGUGAUGUAGUAAUCGGAAAUCUAAGAAAUAGUCAUAAUAAGGCGGGUUUAAGUACAACAACUACGACUACGAGCAGCACUACAACUACCACUAAAGCGCCAACAACCAGCACCACCACCGAAAGUACAACACCCACUACUAUAUCGACAAUAUUGAAUACCUCCUCUUUAAGAGUCUACAGCCAUAAUCGUAAUGAAGUUUCCGAAAGACCUAGACCACGAGGUAGAUCACGGUAUACCGCAGCCACUGCUACUAAUCUAUUGGAAAGGGAUGAACCUACAACAUAUGUACCAAAGCAACGUUUCAAACCUGUUGCUGAGGAAAUAACUACUACCACAGCACCAGGUGCUCAACUACAGGGCAGACGUAAGAUACAAAGAGCCCGUAUAGCGGCUCUACAAAAUCAAAGAAUUCCUACGGUAAAUUCCAUUAAACCUAGAGAGAAUUAUCAAAGCUUUAAGCAAGAGCUUAAAAAGCAUUAUGAAAAUGAAGCUUUAGACCAACAUCCAAGAGCUGAAGCUUUAAUAGCCGGUCCGGUAUUGAAUAAUCAGGAUAACAGUAUCGAAAGUACUAAAUCAACAGAGACCACAGAAAAAGAAACUGCCAUAACAGAGAGGCCAUUGAAAUAUUACUACUCCAAUAAAUAUAGACAACAAACCGGUGAACAUACUUUGGCAGAAAGUUUACAAAAUGCUGGCUAUAUAACAUCUUCGACAAAACCGGGAAAUACUAAAUUUAAAACCUCUUCGGUACUCGAACAAUUGCAAUUAUUCUUGGCCGGUGUGGAUAGUGAUGAAAAUGAAUCAUCAUCACCGCAAUUUGUUAAUGAAUUUUCCGAACCCGAAAUUAAGGCAGCAGUACAAGAAAUUAAAAAUCUUUAUGCUUCCACCGGACAAAGACCUUCAUGGACUACGACUACCACUACGACUCUUAGACCUACCACUACCGCCAAACCCCCAACCACUGCCUAUAGCACUAGCACGGCAUUACAGACAACUAAUUUGAAUUCUUUACAACACUCAAGCACACAACACACUACCACACCCACUACAACAACAACAGCAACAACAAAAACAUCUGCUACAGCUAAAGCCAACACACAAAAAUCAAAUCAAAUUAGUUUCACUUCACCGACCACAACCACGCCUAAAUACUUUCCCAAAUUUCCAUCCUCAACCUAUAGUUAUUUAACUUCCUCGUCUUCCUCCUCAACUACAACAACUACAACAUCAACUACUACUACUACAACAACAACACCGCAACCACCACCAUCACAACCUCCUGCUUAUGCCUACUCCAGUCAUACAAACAAACAUUCAACAGCGGGAGCAGCAUCUUCAUCCUCGGUUAACAUACCACCAGCUCGUGUCUCUAGAGUCAAUAAUGCUCUAAAAUCAUCAAUAGCAGCAGCUGCUACUGCCUCCCCCUCCUCUUCCUCCUCGCUCAAUGGUAACAAUAAUGCUGGGCCUAAUUCCUCCUCAGCGGCAGCGGGAAGAUCAAAUAAUAAAUUCUCUCUGGGUUCUACGGUUAAAUGUUCUGAUUCUACGUCCAAUGCUAAAUGCAAUGAAAUCCCUACGAGAAUCAAUUCGAAUAGCAACAGGAAUCGCGGUAAUUCAGCUUAUCAAGGGGAUCGUGAUGCGGCACCAGUAACUAGCAAUCGUGGAACACAUCCACCACGUACUCGUCCUACAUUGAAACCUUCCGGUACAAUUGUGAGCAAAGCUCAAGAAUUUGUCGAUAUCUAUAAAAAUCCUCCAUUCAGACCCGAGCCCCUCUAUCCACAACCUCAACCUGAUAAAACCGCAGCCAAAUGCCGUAAAGAUGUGUGUCUAUUACCCGAUUGUUAUUGUGGUGGCAGAGAUAUACCCGGAGAUUUAAAAUUGGAAGAAACUCCUCAAAUAGUAUUGAUAACAUUUGAUGAUGCUGUUAGUACACUAAAUAUCGAUUACUAUGAUGAAAUAUUUAAUAAUGAAACACGUAAAAAUCCAAAUGGUUGUCCCAUCAGGGGUACAUUUUAUGUAUCUCACGAAUGGACCGAUUAUGGUAUGGUCCAAGAUUUAUAUGCGGAUGGCCAUGAAAUGGCUUCACAUACCGUAUCACAUAGUUUUGGUGAACAAUUCUCGCAAAAGAAAUGGACUCGUGAAGUAGCUGGACAACGUGAAAUCUUAGCAGCCUAUGGUGGUGUUAAACUCUCCGAUGUCAGAGGCAUGCGUGCUCCUUUCUUGUCAGUGGGUGGCAAUAAAAUGUAUAAAAUGUUAUACGAUUCCAAUUUCACUUAUGAUUCUUCAAUGCCUGUCUAUGAAAAUCGUCCACCAUCUUGGCCCUAUACUUUGGAUUAUAAAAUUUUUCACGAUUGUAUGAUACCGCCGUGUCCUACCAAGAGUUAUCCCGGUGUUUGGCAAGUACCAAUGGUUAUGUGGCAAGAUUUGAAUGGUGGUCGUUGUUCUAUGGGUGAUGCUUGUUCUAAUCCUUCGGAUGCUGAGGGUGUAACGAAAAUGAUUAUGAAGAAUUUCGAAAGACAUUAUACAACAAACAGAGCACCAUUUGGUUUGUUCUAUCAUGCUGCCUGGUUUACUCAACCUCAUCAUAAAGAAGGUUUUAUUAAAUUUUUGGAUGCUAUCAAUGCCAUGCAAGAUGUUUGGAUUGUUACCAAUUGGCAGGCUCUACAAUGGGUUAGAGAUCCUACGCCCAUUUCGAGAAUCAAUUCAUUCCAACCCUUCCAGUGUGAUUAUUCGGAUCGUCCCAAACGCUGCAACAAUCCUAAAGUAUGUAAUCUUUGGCAUAAAUCAGGCGUUCGUUACAUGAAGACCUGUCAACCCUGUCCAGACAUUUAUCCAUGGACCGGCAAGACUGGCAUACGAUCAUCACGUAUCGAUAACGAUAUUGAAGAAACAGCGUAAAUAAUAACUAAUUAAACAUUUGGACAAAAAGUUAUAAUUUUUUGUUUAUAAAUAAAUUUUAUAAAAAUUUUUUUAUGGCACAAAAUAUUUAGAUAUUCAAAAUUCUAUACAUAAAAACAUUCACUCGUUUUUUUUUCAAAUAAAAAAAAUUAAAAUCAUUAAAAAAAUUAAGCACAAAUUAUAAAGUUUCUAAGUAAAUACAAAAAAAGCAAACAUUUAACGUUUAAAAAAAUAAACAUAUUAAAUA